GGUUGCAUACCCCGACGCACAAAGCAGUUCCCCUUCUACGUGACAAUAGCUCAAAGCUCAAAACCCGAAGCUCAAACGAACCCCGCAAUGCAGAAUCUUUCUCUCUCUCUCUGCAUCAAACCCUGACCGGAAACUUUCUCUCCCCUAACCCAAAUCACUCUCUCUCUCUAAACCCCAUUCGACCUUUUUUUCUCUUUCUCGCUCGUGAAAUCAAACUGUUCACAAACCACAAUCAUCUAUCAGAAAGGAAAUUCAAAGAAUCAAGGCCAGCGAUCCCGAUAUAAUUCACAGGAAGCUCUCGAACUGAUUUCAAGAAUUGAGGCCUCUCUCUCUUCCUCUGUGCGCAGGAAUUGGUAGAUCAUAUUGUAUAAAUAUCUCUUAUGAAAAGAUGCAUUUGGUAUGACCUGAAGAUUUUUCUGUAAAGCAAGAUGGUGCCUGAAAUUCAAAUGGACCAAUAUUAUCUCUGGGGGAAACAUGAUGGCAAUGCAAGAGGUAAUAUUUUGGUGACAGUUAUGACUGGCUCCUUUUGAGUCUUGAAUAUAGGAGGGGAUUGGCUACAAUCUAAGAAACCAUACUGAAGCUUGGUUGACAAAGGGAUGUUCUCGUUGCUAUAUGGACUUUGGAAGUACCUCUUCAGUAAGACAGAGUUCCAUGUUCUUAUUCUUGGAAUCGACAAAGCUGGCAAAACUACUUUACUCGAAAAGUUGAAAUCAAUGUAUUCAAACCUGGAAGGACUACCUCCUGAUCGAAUUGUACCCACAGUUGGGCUUAACAUUGGACGUAUCGAAGCAGAGAAAACAAAACUUGUCUUUUGGGACCUAGGAGGUCAGGCAGGUCUUCGUACAAUUUGGGAGAAGUAUUACGAGGAGGCGCAUGCUGUCAUAUUUGUGAUUGAUGCUGCCUGUCCACAUCGAUUUGAAGAUUCAAAAUCUGCUUUAGAGAAAAUACUCAGACAUACAGAUCUACAGGGAGCCCCACUUCUUAUCCUAGCGAAUAAGCAGGACCUCUCUGGAGCUGUAUCUGCAGAAGAAGUGGCAAGGUAUUUAGAUUUGAAAGAGCUCGACGAAAGAUCUCAUGUGUUUCUGGCUGUUUCUGCAUAUGAUGGUUUGGGUAUCAGAGAUGCCAUAGAAUGGUCAGUGAAUGAAAUGGAGAGAAGCAAGCGCACAGAGUUACUGAGACUACGUGCUGGCAUCACAGGCCCAGUUCCUGCCUGAUUGCGGAUAAAACUCUCUCUCCCUCUCUCUCUCACAUUUAGAAUGCUUUGGCGAUUAUUUUGAGUUUUCAGGAUGCCUUUUCCUACUCCAUCCUCAUAACGCAAUGGGGCGACCAGACUUGUAGAUUUUUGUCGUCUCAAGUAUCCCCCCCCCCAUUUUUUUUGUUUCUAUAACUACCAAAUGUUUUUAGAGUUCGUUCUGCUUAUGGCCAGCCUUUGUAAUUUGUGCUUUCUCUCCAUAUUAAAAGUGAAUUAAAGAAAGAAAUGACAUUACACUGCAAAGCAUGGAUUUUGCGUUUGCUUUCUUCUUUUUUACCUCGGGUCUUCUGAGUGCAUAAACAAAAAAUGCCUGGUUGAGAGAGACUCUUCGAGCCAUAGAGUCAGAUUGUCAGUCGUAACCAAGAUGCAAUAAUAUCUUCUUCUUUUUUGGCGUA